AUGGAAUCUGUUGUCGGCGUAAGCGCAGUUGGAGGAUCAGCAUUACCAGCCGCCUUUUCUCUUCUUUCAUCCGCUGUUCUUGCUGUUUCUGAAUCAGUUUCAUUAGGUUUGGUGAAGGUUGACCUUCUUUCUGAUACAGAAGAAGCUGUGAUUGGUAGGUCAGUGACCGAGAGAUUCUGUAUUGAAGAAAUAACCGAUGCUAUUUCCGCUCUUGGGGGAAUAACUGCAGUUGGUGCUUUAUUGAUUGCUAACCAGAGGAUAGUGACAGCCAAUAUUCCUAUUCCUGCUUGUGUGCUUCUUUGCUAUUCUUCCUGUUCCUCUUACGAGACGACCUCGGCUCAAGCUGACCCCACACCGAAAGUCGUCAAGCAGUCUUGGGCUCCAUCAAUCAGUGAGGAGGAAAGCAAAACCUGUUGGAGUUCCCCGCCAUCACCUCGCCUAGAUCCGGGGGCUUUAUACCCUAAAGUUGCAGAGAUCAAGAAGAGCUACGAGUUGGAGGGCUAUUUCACCGACCGUCACUUCUCCUUUGUAUCUGCCGAAGCGAAGACGCAAGUAGCCCAACGACAGGCUUGUGUGGAGUUGAAUGACAACACGCAGAGGUCUUUUAGCGAAACUGGGGGCUCUUUGUCUAAAGGAAGGGCAAAGUCAACAGGCCAAUCCCAGUUGAAGAAUUGGAAGAAGCAGUAG